AAUCGUUUUUUUACUCUUUACAAAUGAGGAUGAUUAUAUAUUAGAAUGUGGUGUGUAGUUUGGGCUAGACUGUGUUGUGUAUUUAGAUUCUGUAACCAGUUGUUUAGAGGUGUAAUUCGCGGGUGAAGCAUUUACAGAGAUGCAAUUCAAAUGGAGGACUUAGUGCUUCGAGAACAGCUCGCGCGUCGUCAGUUGUUAAUCGUGUGUUAAUUGUCUUACAUACAUAAAUAAGGGGGGUUUAGAGGGUGGUUUAACCAGCAUUUAGGCGGUGUUCGUGAGGACUGGCUGGAUAUUUAGUGUACUGUAUAUGGGUGAGGUAUUACGAGAUUAAGAACAGCGGGGUUCGAACGUUGAACGUGAGCGAAGCACUUUUUGAGUGGAACAACUCACAGCUACACCCCCCUUACCCACAUCUCUCUUGGUGGACCAAGCCGCAGCUACCCCCCACAGCUCUCCUGGUGAGCCAAGCCACAGCUACCCCCCCACAGCACUCAUGGAGGACCAGCCCACAGAUGCCCCCAUAGCUCCCAUGGAGGACCAGCCCACAGAUGCCCCCAUAGCUCUCAUGGAGGACCAGCCCACAGCUGCCCCCACAUCACUCGUGGAGGAGCAGCCUACAGCUAUCCCCCACACCUCUCGGGAAGAAGCAACCAGUAGCUAUGCACCUCACCUCCCUUGGGGGUCCAAUCCAUGGGUGCCAACCACAUCUCUCCUGGAGGGCCAACCUACAGCUAUCCCCCACAUCUAUCCUGGAGGACCAACCCACAGUUAUGCACCUCAUCUCUCUUGGCGGACGAGCCCACAGAUGCCCGCCUCAUCCAUCAUGGGGGUCGAACCCACAGUUACUCAGGUCUCGUCUGGUGGAUUCGCUCACAACUCCCCGCAGUUCUUCUGGGGGAGCAGCCCUCGGCUCUCCUCCGGAUCUUUGUUUGGAGACCAGCUCAUAGUUACCCCUCACAUCUCUCCAGUGGGGUCAGCCCACAGCCACCUUCCAGACCUCUCCGGGGACAUAGACAUGUAUUUUCUCACACCAUCUCCCCAGAUGGAGCAGCCCACAGCUGCCCCACAUGUUUCUCCUGAAGGUCUAGCCCAUAGGUAUCCUCCGAAUGUCUUCUGGAAAGUCGACCAACAGCUCCCUAGUACAUCUCUAGUUGGGGGCCAACCCACAACUACCCACCACAGCUAUGAUGGGAAAGCAGCCCACAGCCUUCCCCAGUAUCAGUCAUGGGGACCCACCACACAGCUGCCCACCACAUCUCUCAUGGAGGACCAACCCACAGCUGCCCACCACAGCUAUGCUGGAGAAGCAGCCCACAGCCUUCCCCAACAUCAACCCUGGGGACCCAUCACACAGCUGUCUACCACACAGCUGUCCACCACACAGUUGUCCGCCACACAGUUUUCCACUACACAACUGCCCACUACACAGCUGCCCACCACAUCUAUGGUGGAGGACCAACCCACAGGUGGCCCCUACAUCUAUGCUGGAGGACCAACCCAUCCCCAACAUCAGUCAUGGGAACCCACCACACAGCUGCCCACCACAUCUCUCCCGGCGGAUCAACCCACAACUUUCCGGCCCUUAUUUCCUGGGGAACUAAUCCAUAGCUCCCAAUCGCAUCUCUCCUUGGUACAGGCACAGACCACAUACGUGCUGUGGAACCAACCCACAGCGACCCACCACGUCUCUCCCGAAGACCCAACCCAAAGCAACCCACCAAAUUACUCCUGGCCAACGAACCCACAGCAACCCACCACGUCGUUUACGAAUGAGGAACCGACAGCUACUCAACACAUCAGUCUUGGAACACCAAACCACAGCUAUUCACCACAUAAUUUUUGGAUGACGAACCCACAUCAGCCCGCCACAUCACUCAUGGGAAACCUGCCCAUAGCUACCCCCAACAUUUCCCCUGAAGAAUCUGCUCACAGCUACCCACCACAGCAAUUUUGGAACGUCUUCCCACAGCUGUCAAACACAUCUCCCAUGCAGGACGCGCCGUCAACCUCCCACAACCUGUCUCCCGGAAGUCUGGCCCACAAUUACCCGCAAGACUCCUCCUGGGAGAUGAGACAAACGCCCCUGCAGCAUCCAGCACUCGGCUAUCUUCAAGCUCCCGGGUUUCAUCCAGAGGGUACUGUCACCAAUCCUGGAGAUCUUCCUUCAACUGCUGGAUCUCACCCGGAUUCCCCAGCCUCCAGCUCUCGAGGAACUGGUUCCACUCUUCAACUUCGUGCAGAGGCUCCUGUCUUCAUUCCUCGAGGUUCUGCUUCAACUGCUGAAUCUCUUCCAGAGCCUCUAGAUCUCAGCUCUCGAGGCCCUGCUUUAACUUCUACAUCUUCUUUGGAUGUUCAGAUCUUAGAGUCUCAAGGUCCUGCUUCAAUUCCAGUAUCUCGAUCGUACGCUCAAGUCUUAGACCCUCGAGGUCCUGCUUCGACGGAUGGGUCUCAUUCAAGUGCUCCGGUCUCCAAACCUCGAGGUCCUGCUUCGACGGAUGGGUCUCAUUCAAGUGCUCCGGUCUCCAAACCUCGAGGUCCUGCUUCGACGGAUGGGUCUCAUUCAAGUGCUCCGGUCUCCAAACCUCGAGGUCCUGCUUCGACGGAUGGGUCUCAUUCAAGUGCUCCGGUCUCCAAACCUCGAGGUCCUGCUUCAACUGCUGGAGCUCAUCUAGAGCCUCUGGUGUUCAGACCUCGAGGUCCUGUUUCAACUUCUGGGUCUCGUCCAGAGCCUCUGGUGUUCAGACCUCUACGUCCUCCUUCAACUGCAGAGUCUCGUUCAGAGGCUCUGGUCUUCAGACCUCUACGUCCUCCUUCAACUGCUGAGUCUUGUCGAGAACCACUGGUCUUCAGACCUCUACGUCCUCCUUCAACUGCCGAGUCUCGUCCAGAGGCUCCGGUCUUCAGACCUCGAGGUCCUUCUUCAACUCGUGGGUCUCGACAAGAAGCUCCACCAGCCUCCAGAUCUCUAGGUUCUGCUCCAGCAGCCUUCAGUUCUCUAGGUUCUGCUCCACCAGCCUCCAGAUCUCUAGGUUCUGCUCCACCAGCCUCCAGAUCUCUAGGUUCUGCUCCACCAGCCUCCAGAUCUCUAGGUUCUGCUCCAGCAGCCUUCAGAUCUCUAGAUUCUGCUCCACCAGCCUCCAGAUCUCUAGGUUCUGCUCCACCAGCCUCCAGAUCUCUAGGUUCUGCUCCAGCAGCCUUCAGUUCUCUAGGUUCUGCUCCACCAGCCUCCAGAUCUCUAGGUUCUGCUCCACCAGCCUCCAGAUCUCUAGGUUCUGCUCCAGCAGCCUUCAGUUCUCUAGGUUCUGCUCCACCAGCCUCCAGAUCUCUAGGUUCUGCUCCACCAGCCUCCAGAUCUCUAGGUUCUGCUCCACCAGCCUCCAGAUCUCUAGGUUCUGCUCCAGCAGCCUUCAGAUCUCUAGAUUCUGCUCCACCAGCCUCCAGAUCUCUAGGUUCUGCUCCACCAGCCUCCAGAUCUCUAGGUUCUGCUCCAGCAGCCUUCAGAUCUCUAGAUUCUGCUCCACCAGCCUCCAGAUCUCUAGGUUCUGCUCCAGUUCGUGGGUCUCGACAAGAAGCUCCAGCAGCCUCCAGAUCUCGAAGUUCUGCUCCAGUUCGUGGGUUUCGCCGAGGAGCUUCGGGCUUCGGCUCUCGAGGUUCUCCUUCAACUCGUGGAUCCUAAAAGUUGGCCCAACCUUUAUGAAGGGUAUUUUAACUUUCAGUAUCUCGCACACAUCACAAGUUACACACUUUGCAAGGAACUUUUUACCACAGUAUCUCGUCUAAUUCAGUUAGUAUACAGAGUUAGCGUCAGUCCAGUAUUAUUCAGCCCAUCCACUUACUGGUCCUAGUCUAUGUAUCUUGAAAGAUAUUGCCAUUUAUUUAUUUUAGUGUUACCCUUUAACGAUAAUAUUGCUGUCCAUCCAUGCCUUUGUCUGUCGGCUUAACCUGACUGAUUGGAGCUUUAGUCUUCAGCUCCUGGGCCCUCGGGCAAAAACCUUUACAGCAAUAUUUGCUUUUUAGUUUUCGAUAUGACCAAUUUUACACACCGUCCUUGCUUACUAAUUUAUGUUUUAAUUGUGUUUUUUGUGUGUUUUUAGCCAACUAUGUUCAUAUGGCCCUUCCCUCCACCGUAAUAUCAACCAGUAGUCAUCAAGGUAGCUACGUCGGUACGUAAACUACCUCACUGGCAUUAAUUACUCCUUCAGGGUAGUUUGCUGUGACCCUUCCCGUGUAAUAUGUCUUGGUGUUAGUAGAGAUUGUCCUUGGUAUGGCUGUUGGUGUAGACUUGUAUGAUUGUUGGUUUACACGUGUAUGACUGCUAGUGUAGACGUGUAUGGCUGUUGGUUUACACGUGUAGACGUGUAUGGCUGCUGGUGUAGACGUGUAUGGCUGCUGGUGUAGACGUGUAUGGCUGCUGGUGUAGACGUGUAUGGCUGCUGGUGUAGACGUGUAUGGCUGCUGGUGUAGACGUGUAUGGCUGUUGGUGCACACAGUAAAGGAGUUGACACAUCAGAGACGCACAUGAUAAUCCUCCCUUUGUGUAUGUG